UUUCAAAGCCAGGUAACCCCCUGUCCAUCAACCACCACCAUCACCAACGCCACCUUUGUAUUUCCUCCCCCCGCUAAACAUUCACGUUAACACGAACAACAACAACAACAACAACAACAACAACAGCAUCCUACGAUUCAGCACCUUAACCACGAGCGCACCGUAUAUUCCCCCCCCCCCCCCCCCUCCCCAGUAGACCUGCCUCCAACCAGAAAAUGGCAACCUCCACCGCCCACCGCCGCCUCCUCCAAGAAUACCGCGCCCUAACCAACAACCCCCCCGAAGGCAUCACCGCCGGCCCCGUAACAGAAGACGACCUCCUCCACUGGGAAGCGCUAAUCCAAGGCCCCGAAGGAACCCCCUUCGAAGGAGGUGUCUUUGCCGCCGAGUUAAAAUUUCCGAGGGAUUACCCCCUCGCGCCACCAACGAUGAAGUUUCUUUGUGAUGUUUGGCAUCCUAAUGUCUACCCCUCCGGCAUGGUCUGCAUCUCAAUCCUGCACCCCCCCGGCGACGACCCGAACCACUACGAGCACGCGAGCGAGCGCUGGUCCCCGAUCCAGAGCGUGGAAAAGAUCUUGAUUAGCGUCAUGAGCAUGCUUGCUGAGCCGAACGAUGAGAGCCCGGCGAAUGUGGAGGCUGCGAAGAUGUGGAGGGAGAGGAGGGGGGAGUAUGAAGAGAGGGUGAGGGAGGGGGUGAGGAAGAGUUUGGGGUUGUGAUGAGAUGGCAAGAUAUGGACUUUGGUUUGAGUUGGGUUGGGUUGGUUUGAUGUUAUAAGCAUGGCACUGGUUUUGGUGUUUAUAUGGCGUGGGGUGGGCGGGGGGGGGUUUAAAAUCUACUGGUUAUAAUAGCGGCAUGGGAGGGGGGGAGUGAUACAUAGCGGAUGGGAGUAUCAUGUAUUUUUUUGUUCUUUUUGCAAAUCUACCUACCUGGUCAGGUCUGGGGUUGGCACAUGGUGUGUUGCUCUUCUCCCAACACCGUUGGCCAUGGGGACUGCUCUUGCCCCUGCCUUGCUUUUUAUAGGUCAGGGUUUUGGAGCACCUGGUAUCUGAGAGUAAAGGAGUGCUCCAGACUGGAUGGCGCAUCGGUCAACCGCGACAGAACGUAGAUUCCUUCGCCCGCCGGUUUGGGUCGCUCCGAUCUCUCGGAAACCAACCCCCACCCAGUGAGGCCUUGAGCUGGAAUGCCUGGGUUGAGGCAUCGAUUCCUUUUCAGGUUCAAUUUUUUGUGGUUUUCCUUUAGCCAACACUAUCAUCCAUGACUUCCGCGAGUUUGGUCAAGACCAACCCAUACGCAACAUGCAUGAUCUUCUAUUCCAUUUCUUUUACUCUACGCCUCCCUAAAGAACCAACUCCAUGCUUUAUUCCCAAUAACUCCC